AUGGGAAAACAUUGUUCUUUCUGGCAUAUUGUAGGCACACUUUUCCUUUUGUGCAAAGUUUGUUUAGCUGGGAGUCAAUAUACUGGAAGUGUCUUACCUGGGGCAAUAAAGGGUUCUCAAAUGAAUUGGAUCGACAGAGAUGGCAAAUUCCUCGUAUCAAACGAGGGACAAUUUUCCUUUGGCUUUGUAACCACAGUGAAUGAUACCACCAUGUUUCUACUUUCAAUCGUCCACGUGGCCACUACUACGGUCGUUUGGACUGCUAAUAGAGCAGUUCCUGUCGCUAAUUCCGACGAUUUUGUGUUUGAUGACAAGGGCAACGCCUUCUUGCAGAAAGGUGGAACAGUGGUUUGGUCCACAAACACAAGCGGCAAAGGGGUCUCUUCAAUGGAAUUGCGUGACAAUGGGAAUUUGGUUUUGCUUGGGAGUGAUAAUAGUACAGUGAUUUGGCAAAGUUUCAGUCAUCCAACAGAUACUUUGUUGCCAACUCAGGAGUUUAAAGAGGGAAUGAAACUCGUCAGUGAUCCUAGCACGAACUACUUGACCCAUAUUCUUGAGAUCAAGUCUGGUAUUGUUGUUCUCUCCGCAGGUUUUCAAACUCCGCAGCCUUAUUGGACUAUGCAGACGGACAGCCGCAUAACCAUCAAUAAGGGCGGUAAUGAAGUGGCUUCAGCAAAUAUUAGUGAAAAUUCGUGGAGGUUCUAUGACAAAAGCAAAUCACUGUUGUGGCAGUUCAUUUUCUCUUCAGGUCCAGACUCAAAUGCGACUUGGAUUGCUGUUUUGAGGAGUGAUGGCUUCAUCACCUUCUCUACCCUCAGCGGUGGAGUGUCAAAUGCUGCUUCUGAAAUGAUACCCAAAGAUCCUUGCGGUACUCCAGAACCUUGUGAUGCAUACUCCAUAUGCACAGAUGACAAGAGGUGUAGCUGCCCUUCUGUUAUUCCUAGUUGCAAACCUGGUUUUGACUCUCCUUGUGGUGAUCACUCAGAAAAAUCCAUUGAGUUGGUUAAAGCUGAUGAUGGACUCGAUUACUUUGCGCUUCAAUUCCUUCAACCGUUUUCCAAAACCGAUUUGGCUGGUUGCCAAACAUCAUGCCGUGGAAACUGUUCUUGCCUUGCUAUGUUCUUCCACAGAAGUUCGGGGAAUUGUUUCUUGUUGGACAGUGUAGGAAGCUUUGAGAAACCUAAUUCUGAUCCUGGUUAUGUUUCAUACAUCAAGGUCUCGACAGAUGGAGGUUCUGGCUCGGGUUCUGGGGGCGGUGGAAGUGGCAAUAAGCACACCUUAUUUGUUGUGAUCAUUGUCAUAGUAACCUUGGUUGUCGUUUGUGUUCUUGUCUUUCUGGGAGUUAGAUACCAGAGAAGAAAGCAAAGGUUGCCCGAGUCUCCUACAGAUGGUUCUGAAGAGGCCAAUUUCUUGGAGAAUUUGACUGGUAUGCCAAUCCGUUACAGCUACAAGGACCUUGAAACUGCCACUAAUAACUUCUCUGUGAAGCUUGGGCAAGGGGGUUUUGGGUCAGUGUAUAAGGGCGUUCUACCAGAUGGAAAUCAAAUAGCAGUGAAGAAGUUGGAGAGUAUUGGACAAGGAAAGAAAGAGUUCAGGGCUGAAGUUAGCAUAAUCGGCAGCAUUCAUCACCUCCAUUUGGUUAGGCUUAAGGGAUUCUGUGCUGAUGGAACUCAUAGGCUUCUUGCUUAUGAGUACAUGCUUAACGGCUCCUUGGAUAAAUGGAUAUUCAAGAAAAACAGAAGUGAGUUUCUGUUGGAUUGGGAUACCAGGUUCAAUAUAGCUCUGGGAACAGCAAAAGGACUUGCUUAUCUGCACGAAGAUUGUGACUCCAAGAUUGUUCAUUGUGACAUCAAACCAGAAAAUGUGCUUCUGGAUGAACACUUCAUGGCCAAGGUUUCGGAUUUUGGGCUGGCUAAGCUCAUGAAUCGAGAACAAAGCCAUGUUUUCACAACACUAAGGGGCACCAGGGGCUAUCUUGCCCCAGAGUGGAUAACAAACUACGCUAUAUCAGAGAAAAGUGACGUUUAUAGCUAUGGGAUGGUGCUGUUGGAGAUCAUCGGGGGAAGGAAAAACUAUGAUCCUAGUGAGUCUUCAGAGAAAUCCCAUUUCCCAACUUUUGCUUUUAAAAUGAUGGAAGAAGGGAAGCUGAGGGAUAUUUUUGACUCGGAGUUGAGAAUUGACGAGAAUGAUGAUAGGUUUCUAUGUGCUAUAAAAGUUGCAUUGUGGUGCAUACAGGAAGACAUGUCAAUGAGGCCAUCUAUGAGCAGAGUUGUACAAAUGUUGGAGGGUAUUUGUAUUGUUCCUAACCCACCAACCAGUUCUUUCUUGGGUUCUCGCCUUUAUGCAACUGUCAUGAAAUCCACCAGUGACGGGGCCACCUCUUCUGCUCCCUCAGACUGUAACAGUGAUGCUUACCUCUCUGCGGUUCGCCUCUCAGGGCCUAGAUAA